AUGUCCUUUACCAAAGAAAGGGGCUACGACCCCGAAAUCGCCCAAGGCCGAACCACCACCUCCUCCGACCAAGACCUCCCUUUCACCCCCAAAGAAAUCGCCAUCCACACCUCCUCCCUCCAAGAAGGCAGUACCUGGUACGCCAAAGCUCAUCGCUAUACGAGCCGAUUCGGCGUCGAAUCCCGCGGCAUCGAACGAGUUCCCAGCGAUGAGCGCAGUACUGCCGGUAUGAGCCAGAUUGGCACGCUAUGGCUAUCAGCCAACUUGGUAGUUUCCUCCUUUGCGCUUGGGGCUUUAAGUUACCCUGUCUUUCAUCUGGGGUUUGUGGAUACGAUUUUGAUUAUUCUGUUUGUGAAUUUGGUGGGGGUCAUGCCGGUGUGUUUCUUUUCUAUGUUUGGUCCGAGGUUUGGCUUGAGACAGAUGGUGUUGAGUAGAUUUUAUUUUGGAUGGUAUGGGGUGAAGAUUAUUGCAAUCUUCAACGUUCUUGCGUGUACCGGCUGGUCUUCUGUCAACGUAAUAGUAGGCGCCCAACUCUUCAACGCCGUUAACUCUAGCAUGCCAGGUUGGGCCGGCGUAAUAGUUAUCGCUACCGCGACCUGCAUUGUUACGCUAUUCGGCUACAAAAUCGUACAUACCUACGAACGCUACUCAUGGAUCCCGUGCCUCAUAAUAUUCCUCAUCGUAUUUGGAGAAUUUGCCCACAGUGGCCGAUUUUCGAAUAUCCCCAUCGGCGUGGGAAAAUCCGAAGCAGGAGCAUGUCUCUCCUUCGCUGCAAGUAUCUUCGGUUUUGCCACGGGCUGGACCAGUUAUGCAGCAGAUUACACAGUAUAUCAACCUGUUGAUCGCAGUCGAAAAUCCAUAUUCCUUUGGACCUUCGCUGGUUUGAUAUUUCCUCUCCUGUUUACCGAAAUGCUAGGCGCGGCUGUUGCUACAGCUAUGUCUGCUAACGGUGGAGACAACGUAUUCAUGACCAACUACACCAGCUCCGGAAUCGGAGGUCUGCUCUCCUCAGUUCUCGUCCCUCCUCUUGGCAGAUUCGGACAAUUCUGCAUUGUUGUCCUCGCUCUCUCUAUCAUAGCAAAUAAUUGCCCAAACAUCUAUUCCGUGUCUCUAUCCCUGCAAGUCCUUUCCUCUACCACCGCACGCGUACCACGCUUCGUGUGGACAUUCAUCGGAACGAUUAUCUACUGCGCAAUAGCCAUUCCAGGCUACGGAAACUUCGCAUCCGUGCUGGAGAACUUCAUGCUCGUAAUCGCAUACUGGCUCGCGAUCUAUGAAGGAAUCUCACUCUCUGAACAUGUAUUCUUCAAGAGAGGAUUCGAGGGAUAUAGACCCGAGAAUUACAUGGAUGCGAGUCGACUUCCCCCGGGAAUCGCGGCAAUGGUAGCUUUUCUCUUUGGGAUUAUGGGCGCUGUGCUAGGGAUGGCACAGGUGUGGUUCACAGGACCUAUUGGAAAGCUCUGCGGUGCGGACCAUGGAGGAGAUGUAGGAUUUGAGCUAGCCUUUGCCUUUUCGGCAAUUUCAUAUUGCGGGUUGAGGUGGGUGGAGAUUAGGAAGUUUGGUAGAUAA